AAAAGAUGAAAAGAGGAAAAGAGCAUAAUGUUUUGUGGUUCUUUACAUCCUAAGAUAAAUGUUUUGAUUUGAGAAUUGUGGUAAAGAAACACAUUUCUAAUGAUCCAACAAAGAGGUAGUCACAAACCAAAAGAAUGCCAAGCAGAGGAGGAUCUGUUCUUGAAUUGGCAGACUUUCAUGAUUUUUGCAGUGCUUUUCUCAUUCACGAUAGUAAUCUUUUUGGGAGGUGAGUACUCAUCAGAAUCUGAAUCUUUUUUUAAGUUCAUAAAAGCUGUUGAUCCUCAAGAUAAGCUAAAAGUUAGAGAUCAAAUUGCUUCAAAUUCAAAUCCCUGCUUGCAAAGAUGGAAGUUUCUGAAAUGUAACUCACAGGCUUCAACCAUACUUGAAAUCUGGCUUGAAAAUUUAGACCUUACUGGUAUGCUGAAUUCAGAAUCCUUAUGCAAGCUACCAAAUCUUAGAGUGAUCAGCUUAGCUAAAAACCGGCUUCGAGGAACUAUUUCAAACUCAAUAUUAAACUGCAUAAAGCUGGAUUACUGGAAUCUAAGUAGCAACCUUCUCAAUGGGAGGAUUCCUAUGGCUCUAACAAGACUGCAAUACCUUUGGAGAUUAGACAUCUCUAACAACAAUUUCACUACCAACUAUAGCAUCCCAUUUUACAGUGUGGGAUUCAAUCAGAAGAGUUUGCAUUCCAGGAAGUUACUAAAGGAUAGAAAGAUCCUUGAAGUCUUGGAGCUCCAAGAAAGCAACAACUCUGGUGAAGGCCAGACAUCCCACAAGGUUAAAUGGACAAAAUGGAUACCCUGGAUACUUGGUGUUGUUUUCCUUUUGGUGUUAAUUUACUUUGUGGGGAAGAGGAUAGCAAAAAUUGGCACAGAGAAGGAGAUUCUGAAACCAUCACUGCUCCAAAACGAUCCCAGUGAAACGCCUCCUCCAGGAAAUACAUCAGAGGAAUUGAAGCAAGAGGAGAAAAAGACACAGCUUGUGUUUUUCGUCGAAGAGCAUGAGACGUUCCAGUUGGAGGAACUCCUCAAAGCCACAGCCGAUUUGAGAAGGGAGAGCAUAUGCAGCAGCCUUUUCAAAGUGUCACUCAAGGACAAUGUCCAGUAUGUAGUGAAAAGGUUGAAAAAGGUUAAGGUAUCACAUAAGGAAUUUGGCGAAACAAUGCGAUGGAUAGGGAACCUGAAGCAUCCAAAUAUUUUACCUCUUGUUGGUUAUGCUUCUAACCAUGUGGAGAAACUUUUGAUCUACAAGUAUCAAAGCAGUGGAAGUCUGCUCAACCUGCUUGAGGAACAUAUUCAAGGAGAGAAGGAUGUCCCAUGGAGACUUCGGUUGUCAAUAGCAGGAGGCAUUGCAAAGGGUUUGGAUUUCAUAUACCAAAACUUUGGUGACCAGGAAAGCAUCCCUCAUGGGAAUCUCAAGCUAUCAAAUAUCCUGUUGGACGAGAACAACUCACCUCUAAUCAGUGAAUAUGGUCUUUCAAGAUUUCAAGACCCAGAGAAAGGCUGUAUUCUCCCUUCCAGAGGCUACACAGCUCCUGAGAAAAGCCUGACGGAGAAAGGAGAUGUCUUCAGCUUUGGGGUCAUUCUGCUUGAGCUGCUAACAGGCAAAACGGUAGAGAAAACUGAGAUAGACCUUCCUAAAUGGGUAAAGGCCAUAAUUAGAGAGGAGUGGACAGGGGAGGUUUUUGACAAAGGGGUUGCUAAAUCUGCUAAGCAAUGGGCAUUUCCUGUACUGAAUAUUGCACUCAAAUGUGUUUCUCAUUACCCAGAGGAUCGUCCAACAAUGUCAGAGGUUUUGGAGAAGAUUGAAGAGGUUAUAUAUGCACAAGAAGACCAUUCUGUCUCAUCUGGUUCUUCUGAAUCUCAUGAUCAUGAAGAUUGCUGUCCACUCCAUACCAUCAUAUCUGAGACCUGGGAUACUCCUGCAUCAAAUUAUUGAAAUUUUAAUACUCAUUAGAUAGUAUUUUAUUAUGCAUGUGUUUUCUUCUUUUUCGGAUCACAAAAACCAUGUUGAGUAUUAAUAAUUGGUGUUCAUAAGCUGCAAAUUUUCUGUAAUUUUCCUGUAUCAGAAACAGAAAACACCUUUUGCGUGUGUA